UACACUGUAUCUGAAAUGCCAAAGGCAACACCUCAGGUCUCCCGAUCCCUGAUACGUAACGGCCCAACACCGGCCCAGCACUUUCGCACCGCACGCUUUUCUUCCAACUCAACCGUGUCGUUCGCCGCACACACACACACACAUACACACACACAGAUUUGUGAGCAUGGAAAAUGGCGAUGCCUCCAAUCAUGGACAAUUGAUUUUGCUCUUCAGAUCCCCGAACUGUCCAACCCCUCCGUGUGCACGAGGGACCCUCAGAGAGUCCAGGAGAUCCUCCAGUCCAUGCUGCAGGCGGGUUCAAACACGUUACAGGUUAUCUCAGACUUUGACAUGACUCUCACGAGAUUUGCGUUCAAUGGCAAAAGAUGCCCCACCUGUCACAAUAUUCUCGACAACAGCAAACUUAUCUCUCAAGAAUGCAAAGCAGAGUUGAAGCAUCUGUUGAACACCUACUACCCCAUCGAGAUCGACUCGUCGCGCUCCAUUGCUGAGAAGCUGCCGCUCAUGGUGGAGUGGUGGACCAAAGCGCACGAGCUGCUGGUACAGCAGAAAAUCAGGAAGGAUCAGCUGGCCGCCGUGGUGCAAGAGUCCGACGCCAAGCUCAGGGAGGGCUACCCGCUGUUCUUUUCGCACCUGCACCAACACAGCAUCCCUCUGCUCAUCUUCUCGGCCGGCAUCGGAGACAUCCUGGAGGAGGUCAUCCGCCAGGCGGGGGUCUUCUACCCCAACGUCAACGUCUUCUCCAAUUACAUGGACUUUGACCAGGCCGGGGUGCUGAAGGCGUUCAAGGGCGAGCUGAUCCACAUCUACAACAAGCGGGAGGGCGCCCUGCUCAACACGGGUCACUUCCAGGAGCUGCGAGCCCGACCCAAUGUGCUCCUGCUGGGAGACUCCCUGGGCGACCUAAGCAUGGCCGAUGGCGUGCACGACAUGGAGAACAUCCUCAAGAUUGGCUUCCUCAACGACAAGGUGGAGGAGAGGAAGCAAUCGUACCUGGACUCUUACGACAUCGUGCUGGUGAAAGACGAGACCCUGGACGUGGCCAACGCUGUGCUGUUCUACCUCACUGGAAACAAGUGACCCCCCCCCCACACACACCUUUUUGAUUUAAGGACUUGCUUGACACUCCCAGGCAGAGGCGCAACUACCAACAUUCUGAGGGGCAGGCGUGCCACCGACCACCCGCCUCCCCCUUUUUACUGGUUGAAUUAUUCCUAUCUGAUGUCAUCACUGGUGUCCUCUACGGCAAAUGUCUUGAUGUAUGUCCCCUUCAGCACUUGCCUGUAUCCUAUGUGGUCUAAUACGCACGCAAUAAUAGCUUUGAAUGAAUU